AUGGAAGGGCAACAAACUGAAAAUGUACACAAAAAGCCUGAAGAAUCUGCCAACUCAAAGUUCGAAUGUAACAUAUGUUUCGAUGAUGUUAAAGAUCCAGUCGUUACCAGGUGUGGACACCUGUUCUGUUGGUCGUGCCUACUCUCCUGGAUGAACCGCAGAAAUUAUCAGUGUCCAAUAUGCCAAGCAGGAAUUUCAAGAGAUAACGUUAUACCAUUAUACGGACAUGGCCAAAACCAAAGUGAUCCAAGGGAUAAACCUGAAGAACCAAGACCCAAAGCACAAAGAUCAACAAAUAAUCAAAGACAAAAUUCGUUUUUUCGAGGAUAUGAAAAUAGAAUAUCAGUAUCAUUUGGAUCGUUUCCGUUUUCCUUCAUUUUCCCGAUCGCAUUUGGAACGAGCAAUACAGGAUCAUUUUUUGACCUUUUCAGAAAUGACGAAUCCUCAUCAAAUAUGACCUCAGAAAUAUUUGUGAAAAUUUGUUCAGAGCAAAGAAGAGCUUAUGCUUAUACCGGAUUUCUCUCCCUUAUAGGACUACUCAUGAUCGCAUAUCUAAUUCUUUGUAUUUAA